GUUUCUAUAAUGAUAAAGGACAGCGCAGAAAUACUGACUCCACUCAGGUGAUCAGUUAAAAAUGCACAGACCUGGAAGUUGGGGAAGCCAGUUCUAGAGGUAACAAAGAGAAUAUGCAACUCCCAGCACACUGCACCGAACCAAACCACCUUAGCAUCUGUGGAGGCAACAAAGGCUGCCACAGAAGUAAUGUCCAUGUGCAUUUGGAUGCCCACCACCACCAAAGGAAAUCACAGCUCCUGCAAUCCAAUGGCCUGAACUUGUUUUUCGGUUCUUCCAUCAGCUGCACAACCAGACGUACUGAAAAAAUGAAAUGCCAAGCACGGAAUCGCUUUUGUAAAGGGCCUGCAGGUGUGUCCCACGCCUGACGCCGGGCAGAGCAGCCAGGCCAUACCGCCUGCCGAGCAACGCCCAGCGCACGCCGGACUGCACACUCGGAGCGACUCCCUGCGGGGAACAUCGCUCAGCCCGCGCCGGGAGCUUUGCGCACGGCCUCAGCUCAGCCGCCAGACAGGGCAGCCCCACGCCCGCCGCUCCAGGGCCGCACAGCCUGCCCGGCCCCGGCGGGGCCCGCGGCCUCCCCUCGCCGCCGCAGCCGCUGGCCCACGUGACGGCGGGCGGCUCGCGCCCUACCGGCCUGCCCUCCGCGGAAGGGAGGAGAGGAUUAUGGCGCAGGCUCAAGGUUUGGGGAAGAGAUACAUUAAAGCCUUUUUUAAAGGUUUCUUUGUUGCUGUUCCAGUAACAGUGACUUUCCUGGACAGAGUUGCCUGUGUAGCAAGAGUGGAAGGAGCAUCGAUGCAGCCUUCUUUGAAUCCUGGGGGAAGACAAGCAUCUGAUGUAGUACUCUUAAACCACUGGAGCAUUCGGAAUUAUGAUGUACAACGUGGGGACAUUGUGUCAUUGGUGUCUCCUAGAAACCCUGAACAGAAGAUCAUUAAACGAGUGAUUGCUCUUGAAGGAGACAUUAUCAAAACCAUUGGAUACAAAAAGAAGUAUGUGAAAGUUCCACAUGGACAUAUUUGGGUAGAAGGUGACCACCACGGGCACAGCUUUGACAGCAAUGCUUUUGGACCGGUUUCUCUUGGACUUCUGCAUGCUCGAGCUACUCAUAUUCUCUGGCCUCCACAGCGCUGGCAGAAGCUACAGCCAAUGCUACCUCCAGAGCGUAAACCACUUCUUAAAGAGCAGGAGUGAUCUGAACGUUCAGAUAGAAAGACACCUUUGUGGAGUUUGAUCAGGAAGAGCUUUGACCAAGCGUGCUUUAACAUCAGGUACCACACCAACAAAGACAUGCAACAUCUUCCUGUUAAAAUGCCAACUUAAGUGUAAAGUUUCUUUGUUUUAGGUGUUUUGGAAGAGUCUUGAGCAAUAGUGCAUUGUGCAUGACUUUGGUUUGAAAUAAUUGGUUGUAGAAGGUUUAGAUGUUCAGUUUUUCUGAAGUGUUAAAAUGCUUGACAUUGUGUCUGUACCUGUGCUUCUCUGGAUAAGAAAUUAUUAAAACCCUUAAUAAAAUAUUUUAAUCUUAUA